ACAGGCUGAGCUCCACGCACGGACAGGACGCACCGGAAUGCUCUGCGUGUUUCUACGUUUACCAAAGAGAGAAACUUCAAUAAAGUAAGUUUUUAAACAAAGGAUUAAAAGAAGAGGAGCGGGGUGGAAGAAGAUAAAACAUGACUUCAGUAAAGGAGCGUUAAAGUUAAAGAGGAUGUUUUGGAAACGGUGAACGCAGCGUGUCCACUUCAAGGACUGAGCUCCGAUUGGAGCGGUAUGGCUUGAUUAGUUGGAGCGGAGGAGACCUCAUGUUUCUGAGGAGAAGGAAAGUUUACUGCGCUUCUCUCGGAUAUACUUUGUGAAACCCCCUUAAUUGACUGCUUGCUGUCUGAGCCCAGGUUCGGUUCAGGCUCCAAACUGUUGAACAUGACCAACCCUGCGCUGAAGAAGAACCACUGGACCUUCAGGGUGACCGAAUGCUCCGUGGGGAAAGAUGCCCGUGGAGACCUGAACGUGUCUCUGCGCGGCGGCGCGGAGAACGGGGAGUUCUCCUACAUCGGCCACAUUAACGAGGAGCUGGUGUUUUACAGAGAGGGCAGACUGAACGAAGGGGAGCUGCUGCUGGAGGUGGAGAACAUCUCCAUCUCAGGAUUACCUCUGUACGACGUGCAGACGCUGAUAAAGAACUGCAAAAGUCCCGUGAAGUUGAAAACUGUGAGACCAGGAACUAAGUUGAAUAAGGACCUGAAGCAUUAUCUAAGCCAACGCUUCCAGAAGUCCUCACCUGACCACGAACUGCAGCAGACCAUCAGAGAAAACCUGUACCGCCACGCAGUGCCUUGUACUACCCGCUCCCCGCGUGAAGGAGAGGUUCCUGGGGUGGAUUAUAACUUCCUGUCUGUAGAGGACUUCCUCGAGUUGGAGAAGAGUGGAACCCUGCUGGAAAUUGGAACAUAUGACGGUAACUAUUAUGGGACGCCCAAGCCGCCGGUGCAGCCCCCCAUCGGGAAAGUGAUUAACACCAGCGGUAGCGGUGGUGAUGCCCUGCUGUCAGACGGGCUCAGCGGUAGCCUGCCGGGCUCGCAGAACUCCACUCCCCGACGAGCCAAGUCCUACAAUGACAUGCAAAAUGCUGGAAUAGGGCUUACAGAUAACCAACUGGAGGACGACGAGGACCUCCCUGACAUGAACAGCAGCUUUACAGGAGAUUCUAGCGAAAUAGACGAGCUUCAUCACUCAGCGCGCCCCCACGUCCCUCGCUAUAGUGACCCGUCCUACGCUGGGACAACCCCCUCACCAUCGGCCACCACGGAGAGCACACAGCAGACAAACCUUCACCUGAGCCAUCCUCCCCCGGAGGACCCGCUGGGACCUCUGCCUGACAACUGGGAGAUGGCCUACACCGAGAAUGGAGAGGUCUACUUUAUAGACCACAAUACAAAGACCACCUCUUGGUUAGACCCUCGGUGCCUGGACAAACCUCAGAAACCCCUGGAAGAAUGUGAAGAUGAUGAAGGGGUCCAUACAGAAGAGCUGGAUGAUCUCGAACUUCCUCCAGGAUGGGAGAAAAUUGAUGAUCCAGUCUAUGGGGUCUACUAUGUUGAUCAUAUCAACAGGAAGACCCAGUAUGAAAACCCAGUGCUGGAGGCUAAGAGGCGCAGGCAGCUGGAACAGCAGCCCGCCCAGCAGCCUCAGCCCCAAAGCCAGCAGCCACCUGAAGGUGAGCGCUACAUCCGAGAAUGGAUCGAGGACUCCGCAUUGGCAGGCGCCCCACUGGCUACCUACACUGCCAACCACGAGACCUACAGGGACCCUCAAACAGGUCCGCCUGUUCCCAACGCCAUGGGACAAAAACGUGGGAAGCCUUUCUUUACCAGGAACCGAUCAGAACUGAAUGGAACAUUCAUCAAUACCAAAUUGAAGAAGAGCCGUCGGGGAUUUGGGUUCACAGUUGUUGGAGGAGACGAGCCAGAUGAGUUCUUGCAGAUAAAGAGCUUGGUUCUGGACGGACCUGCAGCCCUCGAUGGCAAGAUGGAGACAGGUGAUGUAAUCGUGAGUGUAAACGAAACCUGUGUCCUGGGCUACACGCACGCCCAAGUUGUGAAGAUCUUUCAGUCCAUCCCAAUCGGCUCCAUGGUUAACUUGGAGCUGUGCCGUGGCUACCCACUGCCUUUCGACCCUGACGACCCCAACACCAGCUUGGUAACCUCAGUGGCCAUCCUCGACAACAAAGAUCCCAUCAUCGUCAACGGCCAGGAAGUCACCAACAGCUACGACUCCCCUUCCAGCCAGGGCAGUCAGAGCACCAACAACGGCCCGACCAACGGCGGGCCACCUCUCAAUGGCUUCACCCGACCUCACAGCCCCUCCACUGAGGUGGCGUCUGAUACCUCCUCGCAGCUCGGCUACUCUAGCGACGUGGUGAACCUGGCUUCGGCCAUCGCCACGCAACCAGAACUUAUCACUGUACACAUGGAGAAAGGAGACAAGGGCUUUGGCUUCACCAUCGCUGACAGCCUCGGGGGUGGAGGGCAGAGGGUGAAGCAGAUUGUGGACUACCCUCGCUGCCGCGGCCUCAGGGAGGGCGACAUCAUCGUCGAGGUGAACAAGAGGAAUGUGCAGAGCAUGUCUCACAACCAGGUGGUGGACAUGCUCAGCAAGUUACCAAAAGGCAGCGAGGUCACCAUGCUGGUGCAGAGAGGAGUGGCACCUGCUAAGAAGAGCCCCAAACUGGAUUAUUAUGACCGGGCUCCUCCAUACAGAGAUUACACUAGGAUGCAAUUGUCCAGGAAGGACAGUCAGAACAGUUCCCAGCAUAGCGUCUCCAGCCACCGGAGCGCCCACACCGACUCGCCUGUGCACUCGUCUCUGGCACCCCCUCUCAGUGAGAGCAGCACGCCGCCGGCCCCGUCGCAGCCUUUGCCUGGCCUGCCUUCCCAGGACUCUCAAGGAGACGGGACCACCCACCGAAAACCAGACCCCUUUAAGAUCUGGGCCCAGUCCAGGAGCAUGUAUGAAAGUAGGCUUCCAGACUUCCAGGAGCAGGACAUUUUCCUGUGGAGGAAGGACACAGGCUUCGGCUUUAGGAUCCUUGGUGGCAACGAGCCAGGAGAACCUAUCUACAUCGGCCACAUAGUAAAGUACGGCGCUGCAGAUGAGGACGGCCGCCUCCGAUCCGGAGAUGAACUGAUAUGCGUGGACGGCACGGCGGUGGUGGGCAAGUCGCAUCAAUUGGUGGUGCAGUUGAUGCAGCAGGCUGCCAAGCAGGGCCAUGUUAAUCUUACUGUGCGACGCAAAACCAGCUACACAGUUAAAUCAGAAGGAGACGUCCCUCCGUCACCAGCGUCCUCACACCACAGCAGCACCCAGGCGCCCAGCCUGACGGAGGACAUGGGGAAGCGCACCCCGCAAGGCAGCCAGAAUUCCCUCAACACGGUCAGCUCGGGCAGCGGCUCCACCUCUGGCAUCGGCAGCGGUGGAGGAGGGGGAGGCGGGGGGGCCGGCGUCACUGGGAAUGCUGUGGUUUCCGCCUCGACGGUUGCGACCACAUCCUCUCAGCCUCCCAACGGCACCACAAACGCUGCCCCCGCCUCGGCCGUUCAGCCCUACGACGUGGAGAUCCGACGGGGCGAGAAUGAAGGGUUCGGUUUCGUCAUCGUGUCAUCAGUGUCGCGGCCUGAAGCUGGCACCACCUUCGCUGGAAAUGCAUGUGUGGCCAUGCCUCACAAAAUAGGCCGCAUCAUCGAGGGGAGUCCAGCGGACCGCUGCGGGAAGCUGAAGGUGGGCGACCGCAUCCUGGCUGUCAACGGGAACUCCAUCACCAACAAGUCCCACUCUGACAUCGUCAACCUGAUCAAGGAGGCUGGGAACACCGUCACGCUGCGGAUCAUUCCUGGAGAUGAGUCAUCCAAUGCAUCUUUGUUGACAAAUGCAGAGAAGAUUGCCACCAUAACCACCACUCACACAGCUCAGCAACAGGCAGCACCUGAGGCCAGGACCAACACUAAACCAAAACAGGAAUCUUAUGAGUUUAAAGCUCCUACGAACACUGCUCCCCAGCCCCCCAUCCAGCAAGACUCAGCUCAGGACUCCGAGUUCUACUCUGUGGACCUGGAGAGGGACAACAAAGGCUUUGGCUUCAGCCUGCGGGGAGGAAGAGAGUACAACAUGGACCUGUACGUGCUGAGGCUUGCUGAAGAAGGAGCUGCUGUUCGCAAUGGGAAAAUGAGGGUUGGAGAUGAGAUCUUGGAGAUCAACGGCGAAAGCACCAAAGGCAUGAAGCACGCACGGGCCAUCGAGCUCAUCAAGAACGGAGGCCGAAACGUCCACCUGGUGCUCAAGAGGGGUGACGGCUCCGUGCCUGAAUAUGACGGCAGCCCCAACGACAUCAGCACAGUUGACCCAGUCACAAGGAUACAAAACGCUGCGGAAGUGAGUUCCCUGCCUCUAACUAAUGCACCAUCAGAGUCCAGCUUCCCACCAGAACCCCCACCUCAUUCACGGAGCAAAACGGAGCCGAGCCGUCGCACCCAUGGCACUGGCAAGCCCCAUCGUUCCCAUCAUCGUCAUCACUCCCCUAGCAAAUCCAAAGGGAAGAAGUCUAAAGGAAGGCAUGGACACAAGCAGAAUAAGAAAAAGGAUGACAAGGAAAAAGAAGGCCAUCGGCAUCGAAGCCGCCACCGCUCGCCUCAUAGGGGGCAGGGCCGUUCACGUAGUGCAGACAACAUGCUGGAUAGCCGUGAUAGAGGGCACCGCCGAGGCCGUUCACCAGAACGGCGCCACGGCCAACACUCCUCGAACCACCGCCACGGCUCUCCUCGACGCUCCCCUUAUCGCCGCUCUCCAACCCGCUCACCAUACCGACGCUCCCCAUACCGCUCUCCUAGACGCUCCCCUUACCGCUCUCAUCGCCACUCUCCUCGACGUUCUCCUCAUCGCCACAGGUCCCCCAACCGCUACCACUCUCCAAACAGACAUCGCCACCGCUCUGCAGACCCCUACCGUUAUACCGCCACUGAGAGAAACAAUGAAAAGCCAACGGUAGAUGAGGCUGCAAUGACCGGGACUCCAGAACCAAGCCUCCCUUUUGAAGAGAGUAUCCUUCGGGAGUCGCCGGCCCUGGACCGCCUGAACAGGGACCCCACUCUUUCACUUCCACCACUACAGAGAGAGGAUCGUCUCUACGGGCAGGACAGUCUUCUAAUGAGAACCUCCUCCAUGGAAAGAGCCUACAGAGGAGACAGACUUGGCAUGGCAUCCCGUGACAACUUCAAAGACGUCACCCUGCCCAGAGUCCGCACCCCUGAUUUUGAUUCAUCCUACCAGAAGUACACCUCCCUGUUGAGAGGGCGUACUCCUGAGAUGGUUGAGAGGGAUGGGCUCUUUGCCAGUCGAGGUAGCACCCCUGAACCCCGAUACCGUGCUCGCAGCCUUGGACGGGCCAUCUCCCCAGCCAGGAGGGACGACUCGGAGGAUGAAGAAGAUGACGAUCAUUUUGUUGCGGCUAAGGUGAGAGAGUACUACAGCACACUCAAGUCAGACACCAGCCGCCAAACCAAGCCUAUGAUCCCUGAGCCUAAGAAGACCUACAAGGAUAAUCCCAAAGACCUGAGCAUCUGAUUGGUCAGCUCUCAGCCAAUCAUUGAUACCACUCACACAGCACCUCAAGUACUCACUUCCAUUAUCGGUUCUACAGGAAUGCACCAACUUGUGUUCUCGUACUCAUAGAAAGCACCACACACACACACACACACAAAACACACACACACUGAAAUACAUACCUUAACUACAUGCAUUCAUACACAAAUUAUGUAACUGUGUUGAGUUACUAACAAAAGUGAUUCCAAAAGGACUUUUGAAAGCUGUUUUUUUUUUUCUUUUUUUUAUCUGUUUUCUUUCUUUUUUGUUAAAACAUUCUUCAUUUACAGACUUUUACAGAAAAUAUAAAACGGAAAAAAAAAAAACAAUGAUGUGCCUAAGAGUUCCAUUAACAAGCAGCAUUUUGUUUUUAAUCCGAUAUGUGGCGGGCGUUUUGUGACCCACUGUCAGACGAGGAAAUGUAUGAACUUUUUCCAUGAGGUUCCGCGCACCUGGAUCACCGCUGCCGGUGCUCCCUAUGAUGCUGUGCAUGUCUUUACCGGUUUCAGUGUCUUUUUCUCUCUCUCUCCUACCUUUGGUCUCUCUCUCUUUCUGUCUCUGUCUCCGUCUCUCCUUCCAGUGCCACUGUUUUUUAAACAUUUGACCAGACUAUAGCACAAGCCUGCAUUUGUUUGUAUAUUUUUGACAGUUUGCAGUAUGUGUACAUUAAGAGGUGAUCAUUUUAAAUGAAUGAAGGGAAAAUUAAAAGUUAAACUAUGAUGAUGACGUUAAAAUAAAAUAAU